CAGAGCCGCUGCGGAGAGAUUUCUCAAGUUGAGCUUCAGAGGAAGAAGAAGAAGCGGCUGCAAAUCACAACAUGACGUUUAAGCGAAGGAAUGGUGGUCGUAACAAACAUGGCCGUGGUCAUGUUAACUUCAUCCGUUGUUCAAACUGUGGAAAGUGUUUCCCUAAGGAUAAGGCAAUCAAGAGAUUUUUGGUGAGGAACAUCGUUGAACAAGCUGCUGUUAGAGAUGUUCAGGAAGCUUGUGUCUAUGAUGGAUACACUUUGCCUAAAUUGUACGCCAAGAUGCUUUAUUGUGUGUCAUGUGCUAUUCAUUCUCAUGUGGUGAGAGUUCUUUCUAGAGAGAAGAGGUGGAACCGUGACCCACCUCAACGUUUCAAGCGUCGGAUAUGUGCCCUGCACUUUUGUUUCUCAUUAUGA